CUGUAGGAUGCUCUUCUUGGGUUCCAGAAAACACACAUUUGCACAUUUCCAGAAGCUAGAAAUGUUCACUGCAAGUUUCCUUAUUUUCAACCCCGCUGGUCUGAGAUCCUGAUGACUGGCAGCCCUGAUGUUCACUGUUCACAACACAAACUGGUGUGCAAUGAAUAAAGGAACUUAUGAAUAGAAAACAUAUUACCUUUAUGUCUGCAUUUGUGUUCAUUUUGUUUUGGUUAAUCGUAUAGUUAACUAAAAAAUAAAUAUAUACAAAUAAUUUGGUUUAGGUGUCAAACUAAGCUUUUAUGUGACUUUAAUGAGGUAAAGCUUGUGUUUUUUUUAUUUCACAACGUUUGCAAUUUAUUUUUAGAGGUCCGAUUUAUGACUUGUAUUGAACAAAAACCGGAUGCAUUUUACAAGCUGCCUAAAAUGGGAAAGGAGGAUAUUGUGACCAAAAAUAUCAACCUGGAAGAAACCCCAGCCUGUGGACUACCAGCAUUAAAUGCCGAGGACUGCUCUGGUGGUGUUAUCGUAUGUAAGAUGUAUGUUUUACAUACUCACCAUCACCUGCUGUAUGUCAAUCAACUUGGAACCUUUCCCAGUCAAGAACAGUGACUCCGCAUUGCCAUUGGUCGAACUGGAGGGCGAGGGGCGGGACCAGAGCCAACGCUGCCUAUGAUUGGACAAAAGGCGCGUGGAUCACGCAAGUUCAGGAGGAACUUUUAAGUUUCAAGCUGGAUGGGGAGGCUCGUCUACUGUACUGUAUCUGUGACAGACAGUAGGGACUCAAGUAAAGUGACGCACCACGGAGACAGGCAAAGCCUCUAGGGGGCAAUGUCUGGCGGCAGCAGUGCUAACAACAGCUGGACACUCCUCACUCCUGAGGAGUCAGUCGCUGAAACCCUAAGGCCUUUGGCAGAGGAGACAGAGCACCAUGAAGAAGGCCUCACAUGUUCAGCUUCUGUGGAGAACCAGCCUGCAAACAGUGCAGAGUCUGCAGAGAGGCUCCCUGUGGAGGACCACCUGGUACCGGAAGAAAAAACAGCAGAGCCAGGUGGAGACACAAGCACAGAGCAACACACCUCUGUGGCCACCGCUGUCAUCAGUGCCCCUGUUGCCUCCUCUUUGCAAGUCUCCGGCAGCUUCGACCCUGACAGUGAUGCACUCAGCCAGUCAGAGGGCCUACCUGAAGCCCAGGCACAGUCCAGCCGUGACCCAGAUUCAUUUUCUGACUCCUACACCCACAUAACCCCCUCCCCUGAUGAGCCCCAAGCUUCACUGCUGAGCACAGAGACUCUGGGAGGUGUGGAGUUUACACAGGAAAAGGACAGACUCGCACAGCAAGGAACACUGCAUACGCUGAAUGGGGAGGAGCUACAUCAAGAAGGGGAGGAGUCCGACCUGUUUCUGAGGAAGACUGAUUUAGGGAAACAGGCAGACUCCCCUGUGGAUUCAGAGGUGGGUGAGGAGAGGACUGAGAAGACGGGAGAGGAGGCAGAGGCGAGGAGAAGGAGGACCCUCUUAGCGGCUCUGGAGCGGAUUGGAAGGACAGAGGAGGAAGAGGAAGGAGAGGAAGUGUUUCAGCUGCCACAGCGGGAGGAAGACAGCGGGUUCUCUGUGAACAAGUGCAUCCUGGUUGCUGUCAUUCUGUUAGGGCUUGGCACCAUCUUUUUCUCAGGUUUCUUCAUGGACCUGGAUGAGGAGAGUGACUAUGGUACAAUGAAGCUGAAAGAUGCAGAGGUACCAGGAAAACAGGAGUGGCUUAAUCCAGAGGUUCCUCCACCCCCAGUAGAUGCUGACAGUACCGAGCUUCUAAAAAAGUUAGCCGAAGGGAACCAGCAGAUUUCUGUACUACAAGCCCAACUUCAGGCACAGAAAGAAGAGCUAAAAGUAGCCAAGGGACAGGCAGCAGAGGGAGCAAAGGAGCGGCUGCGUUGGGAGGAGGUGGAGAAGGAAAACAGUAGGUUGAAGAAAGAGAUGGCAUCUCUCCCUGUCCUUCAGAAAGAGAACGAGAGGAUGAAGAGAGAGCUGGAGUCUGUCCUGGCCCUACAGAGAGAACUAGAAACACUGAGAUCCACUGUGACUGAAUUAAAACUCCCCUCAGCAGCCAGUGAAGCAGCUCAAGCACCUGUGACGCCCACCACAUCGCCCUCCAGUGGCCAGCCAGAGGACAGCACGCAGGGCACAGCCGGAUCUACAGAGAGACGGCCUAAGAAGACAUUGGAUGACCAGAGGGAGAAGAAGAAAGAUGUGAAGAAGGAUGAAAUUGACAUGGGCGAGAAAAAAGAGUGGAAAGAGAGAGAUAAAUCUGAAUGGAAGGAAGGAGAGAAAAAGGAGCGUGAAGAUAGAGUUAAAACGGAAUGGAAAAAGGGAAAACAUGAGCAAGGAAAGUUUGACAAGGAAAAAGAUAAGGAAGGCAAACAAAAGAGGCACGGUGAUGAGACAAAACAAUGGAAGGAGAAGGACUGGAAGAAAGAAAAGGCUACCAGGGGUGAUGAAGGAAAGCCUUGGAAGGAUAGGGAAGGGAAGAAAGAGUGGAUAGAGAAGAGUGAGAGAAAGGAGGAGAAAGACUGGAAAAAGGCAAAACAUGAGAAAGUGAAGGCGGAUAAACAAUGGAGGGGUAAGGAGAAGGAUUGGAAGGUAGGAAAAGACCAUGGAGAGAAGCACAAGGGCAAGGAGGAAUGGAAAGGAGAGAAGGAAUGGAAGAAGGGGAAAGAUGGCUUCAAGGAAAGUGGCAAAGAGGAAUGGGAGGAAAAAGAUUGGAAAGAGAAAGGAGAGAAGAAAGAAUGGAAGAGAAAAGAUAGUGACUGGAAGAAUAAAAACGGCAAAGAUCACACUAAGGAAGGGAAAGGAAAGGGUGAAAGGAAACCGUGGGAAGAGAGAAAAAAUCAUGGUAAAGAAAGGAAGGGGAAGGAUGAGAGGAAACCGUGGAACGAGAACGAGCGGAAGCGGAACAAUGGUAAAGAUGGUAAGGAGUGGAAGAAGAAGGAUGAGAGGAAACAGUGGGAAAAGAAAGAAGAACCGUGGAAGAGAGGAGGUGAGAAAGACGGAAAACCCAACGGUGAUCGGAGAAAGGACGGAUCGAGCUCCGAGAAACACAAAGACGAGCACAAACACAACGGUAAUCACGGCCACAAGGCAGAGCACGUGUGGGGAGAUGGGAAGCCUCGUCACACACACCGCCAACCGUCCGUGGACCAGCCCGAGUACUGGGUCCAGCAGAGGGACCGCCUCCAGCGCAACCCCAGGCCACCACAGCCAUGUGACUCCCUGGAGACCUGUGCUCAGGCGGAGGGGCUGCUCCCUGUCCCCUUCCCCGAGUUUGAGGCCAUCCUCCAGACUUACCUAGCCAAGGCCCAGGAGGCGGGAGUGGAUCAUUCCAAAAGAGAAGAGCUCCGAAAGCUAGCCGCCGAAUUCUUCAAGGAUGGACUCUUUGUCCACGACCAGACGAGCUUUCAAGAGUUCAUCGAAGAUUUGGGAGAUAUUUUGGAAGACAUGGUGGAAGGAGACGACGACGCGGAGGAAGAGGACAGCGCCAUAGAGGAAGAAAUGGAGGGGUUUGAAAUAGAAGUCAUGAAAAAGUUUUCAGUGCCGGAAACUGUAGAGAAAAAGGAGAGAUCCAAAGGGGACCGGAGGAAGGAGAGUGGACGAGGACGUGGCUGAUGCAGUCAUAGAAUUGAUGGAUCUGUCAAAAGUAGCUUAAGAGCAGUCCCGACAGAUGAGAGGUUAUUCAAAAGGGAACAUUUUAUAUUGGACCACAAACGCUUACAAGUAUACAUUUAUCAUCCUGUCACCCUUUUAACAGGAUCAUAUUUCACACCUUACAUCUGUUGUCCAAGAAAGUUCAACUUACGAUUUCAUUUCACUGUUCUGGAUUGUUUUGUAUUUUACAUAUGCACAUGCACACACAUCAGUUCUUAAUAAUGGAGAAAGUGCUUGCAUCUACGUAUGGUUUCUGUGAUGGAAUUAAGAGAGAAGAAGAUACAGAGACUACUGAAUUAUGAUGCACACAUUGCAUAGCCUUUGUGUGCUCUUUAUUCUACAGUAGGCAAGGGGAAUUUAUUUAUAGAGCACUUUCUCAUACACAGAGGUCAUUUAAAGUGCUUUACAGGCAGAAACGACAACAAAUAUACAACAAAUAUGAGAAGACAAACAUAGUAUAAAGGCAUAACAUAAUUUAAAAACAUAUAAAGUAAUUAAAAUACCAUCAAGCAAGACUAAUUGAAAGCUCUGGAGAAGAGAACAGUCUUUAGUUAGAUUUAAAAAUGGUUACAGUUGUCCGCAAUAUAUUUAGGGCCUAGACCAUUGUAAGACUUGAAGGCAAUAAGUAAGGCCUUGAAAUCGAUUCUGAAUUUAACCGUAGUAACAGUAGUGUUCAAGCCAUUGAAAUUUUAUUUGGGAUUGAGCACCUGCAGCUAAUGUUGAACAUCCGUUGGUGUGAAAGUCAUUCCUGCACGCCGUGCUACUUUCUCCCUUUGUUUAGGGGAGAUUCCACCUGUUAGAUUGAGUUUGAUGUUACUCUGCUUUGACUCUCAUGCAGGAACAGAUACUGUAUAGUCUUAUUGACACGCUGCACCUCUUCCUCUGCAAAUCACACUGUGCACUGAUGAAGUCUACCUAUUCACUGAUCCUACUCUGUAACUGCAGUAUGCCAUCUUUAUGUAUUCAUUGCUUUAGCCUGACCUUAAAUGUCAGAUUGUCUUUAAAUCAUUAGUUUUUUAGAAAGAGUGGCAUGAACUGCUGAAAAAAAGGUUUAGUUAAUAUUUUAUGUGAAAUUAGAGAAGCCUGAAUUGAUUUUGUUUUGGAUGUUUGUACUUGUUGCAUUAAAUAUGUUAAAGAACUAUGUUGAAAUGCAGAAAUAUAUAAUUAACUUAUUUUACAGAGGUUGGCAUAAUAUAGAUACACAUAUAAUUGGUUGGCACAUAAGAUAUCAACAUGUUGAGCAUGUGUGUUUCUUUUCAGGUACAGAACUCAUGUUGUGCACUAAAAUGUCCUUAAUUAUUGUUUUAUCAUGAAUGGAACAUUUGUUUCUGUCGAUUAGGUUGAUCAUGGCACUGAGGUCAUGGCACGUAGUUUCCACAAAAAACACGUUUUCCUUGCUAUCUGUUAACAUGCUAACUUAUUAAAUGUUGCUGGGUCAAGGGUCUACAGCCACAUGGAGAUUAUAGGGUGUUGAUGCAGAACAGCGUACUGCGUGGGCUUUGUGGCAGCAUAGAGAACUUUGUAUGUUAGGAUGUUCGUAUUUGGCCCUGUUACUGUCACAAGAGCUGGAUAAUAAAUUUGGCACAUCCCUGUGUUGAAGUAA